AUGUCCGACGACGAUAGUUCCCCAGAUAACCGGCUUCCGGCAAGGUUGUUUGCCACGGACAGAUACCCCAUUUGUCGUCUCAACGUCUACUCGAAACCAGAUACACUCACCGUUUUAAGGAACCUCCUCCGGGAUACUCCUGAACUCGACCAGAUCUUAGACUCGAGUUUUGGUGGUCUUUUCAGGUUAUCCGCCAACAGAGCACCAAUCUCUUUCAAACUCAUUCAGGCUCUCAUAGCCAGGCAACUGGUGACUAAGCACAAGUACGAGAUGUGGACGGCAACCCUCAAAGAACCGGAUUUGUACUGGAAGCGAUGGAUAGGUGAUGAUGUAAAAACAACAUGCGCAGACAUCACCACUUGGCUUCGAGAUGAUAAGGACAUGCCCAACGAUCAACGGAUCCGUCUAGCUCUUCUUUUGAUUGUUGAUUGCGUCUUUAUUGCCAACCAGACUCACUCUCCCACACCUCGUUAUGUGAAGAUGGUCGACAAUCUUGAAAAUUUUCUCAAAUUUCCAUGGGGCAGAGAAUCAUUCAUCAAAACGUUGUGGUCGAUGAGGCCUCCCAACGUCAUCAAGUCCAGCAAAAAUAAGGAAGAGGGACCAGUUCAGCUAUUUUGUAAACAACUUCAGCAAAAAUCCAUUAAAUUGAAUGGCUUCCCCCUGGUGUUUCAGCUACUUGCUUUCAGAGCUAUCCCACUCUUGCUCAGUAAGUUACCGGAUCCCUCCGAUGCACCUCGAAUUAUUGAUCUAACCACCGAAGGGUUCCCCAACAACGCUGCAGUCACGCUUAAUGAUGUCCUUGAUUCGGAAAUCGAUUGCAAUCUUGUUGUUAACCCAAUGAUUGAUCCACCUCCAAGUGUUGACGACGGUUCCGGUGAGUGGGAGGACGAGGUUCGUGAUCGCAAGGUUGAUUACAUGCUUAAACUCAUCGAUCAGAACCAUGUUUUCGUCAAACAGAACUGA